AUGUCCAAGAAGAACAAUCUGGGAAAGAGGAGAAGGCAGCACGAAUUCGAGCUUCAGAGUAAUGAUUCCACUCCCGAUAGAGAUGAUCUGCCCUUUCCUCGCUUCUCAUGGCAAUCUCCUUCCCGAUACUCAUAUUUUUAUUUUCUCCUGCCGCAUCAGAAGAAAAAGAAGAGAAGGAGAAGAGAGCGAAGAAGCUGCAGGCAAUAAAAUCCAAGAUGAAGGUCAGAUCGGUUCUUCUCCUGGACACGUAUCUCUUCUUCAGCUAUUUUCUGUUUCCUUCUCCCGCUUAUUUCGUGAGAUGCCGACGACCAAGAGCAAACCGUUCAAUCCGAUAUGCUUUCACAUUCUCGUUGUCACCAUAUCGACCAUCUCCUCGAUUUUUUUUUUCCAUUUAUGUUGUGGAUUUGAGUCUCAUCUAUGCGAGUCUCGUCUUCCAUUUAUGCCUAAAUUUUGCUUCUGGUUGUUGGAUAAUGCAAUCAAUUUUGUUCAUCCGUCACCGUGAACUUGUCAUCCUCUUCAUCGACCUGCCUUGAUGACUUUUAUUGCUAUCCCCAUAGGUUGAUGGCUGUGAGAAGAAAAAGAAGAAAAACUCGGGUGGAUUUCAAGUUGGAAAGAGAAAGGUGAAGACCAAGCUCUCGGCAUUGUCCAAGGCUAAGGCCGCCCAGGCCAUGGAGAUCGUAAAGUAG